AUGAAGUUUGCUCACGACUUUAAGCAGAUCCUGCGGACUCAGGAUUUUCCACCUCAUUGGGUCGACAAUGCCAUCCCAUACAGCCAGCUCAAGAAAUGUCUCAAAAAGGUCGCGCGAGAGCUGCAUGAACUGGGUCUUGAUCCAGAGACACUGCGCGAACUUCUCAAGCCCGACACAACAUCUCCCGUGGCCCUGAACUAUAAGCUCAACGGCGGCUCCGACUCUCAUCUCCGCCCCAAGCUCACCGUCCAGCUCCAUCUUCAAGAUGGCGUGCCAGUUGAUGCCUCGCUAGCACCAAACUCGCGGGAGUUCCUCAAUAAGAUCGCCGCAAAUCUCCCCAAGGGCGCUCGGCCACCCGCCGAAUCAGAGACGAAAUCCGACACUGAGUCCGUGACGAGCCUACCUAAAUCCGAAAAUUCUGAUACGCUGGUCGAGGCCAGUCCCCCGUUUGUUGCAGAGACUGUCGAUAAGCUCGCCGACGAUACAAUCGAGAGACUUGUCAUCUCCCCCGCCGACAAACCUGUCGAUGAGACCGCAAAGAAGCCCACCACCAAGACCGCUCUGGAAUCCUCUGUUGAACCGACGACCGAAAUCUCGACCGGCGCACAGGUCCAAGCUCCGGCAUCGGACUCAACCACUCCCCCGACCGAGAAGGAUGAUGGAACCUACGAAAUCAUUGAGGUCCCUCUUGUUUUCGAUGCCGAGUUUUUUGAUAUGCUGCAGAGUGAUGUGACGAAUCUCGACGCCCUUCAAGCCGAGGAAGAGAAGAAUAUGACAUCCGAGAUCGUCGCCCUCGGCAAGGAAGUUGAGCAGGUCGCAAAGCCCAAACGGUUCUCCAAGACUGACCUCGCACGAUGGCGUCAAAUCUUCGAGCUCUACCUGGAUGCAGAGAUCUUCUUCGCCACCCACGAGCAGGACCACGGUUCCCGAACCAGCCAGGUGGCCCUGAAGCAGCUGCAGUGGUUCCAGAAUCAAGUUGAAAAGGAGGGAAUUGCCAAAGGUUUCAAACUCGCAGAGAGUCAAGCGGCCUAUACACGUUUCAUCAACCUGAACGCUUCGCUCCUCAAGAAUUUGCAAUUCCAGGAGCUCAACAAGACUGCCGUGGCCAAGAUUCUCAAGAAGUUUGAUAAGCGUACGGCACUGGGCGUAUCGAGGAAGUUCCCCACUGUAGUACACUCCGACAAGCUUCUGGCAGGCAGCAUUUCCAAGGAUGUCUGCGCAAAGAUGUCUCAAGAGCUCGUCUCUGUGGUCCCUCAGUUGAACGACUACCUCUGCCCGGUGUGCUUUUCAGUAGCAUACAUGCCUAUUCGCCUUGAUUGCCAACACGUUUUUUGUAUUCGCUGCAUCAUCAAGAUCCAGCGUCGAAAGGAAAGGCACUGCCCACUGUGCAGAGCCGAUGUCGUCCUGAAAGCCUCUGCUGACCACCUUGAUUUUGAGCUUCAAAAGUACAUGAAGAAGUACUUUGCGAAGGAAGUCAAGGAGAAGCAGCGAGCCAACGAGAUUGAGCGUGGAAUUGAGGACUACGGGCCUGGUUACGUUCACCAGGAAUGCACCAUAAUGUGA